AUGGCGAGUGUAGAGGACGACCUCAUCGUCGUCGACGAUGAGCCCAUUGCGGCGGCUGUGCCUCUGCCGGUUGCACCAAUACCUUCGGCUGAAAAUUCUUCUUCUACUUCUGGCGCAACUCCGCGAUUACGGAGCUCAAGUCGCGUCGUAAUGCCUGCGCCAAUAACGCCUAGCUCCAGUGAAGCCACCGACCGCGCCACCCGCUCGCGAUCCAAGCCUCAGCCCAAACUGAAGCUCAAGCUUGGCGAAAAGGCGGCGCAGAUGGCCCCGGGGAUGUCAUUUCUGGGCCCAUACGAUCGUGAACUUGACUCGGAUGACGAGGACUUGUCCUUUGAGGAGCACUUUAUUCUCCGGAUGCCGCCGGGGGAGGAUUGCGAUAAACUGCGCAAAAUGGUGGCGUCAAGGGAGGUGCCGAACGAUGUAUGGUUCAAGUUCAAAGAUUCGCGUCGGGCGAUUUUUCACAUUGGAAACAACACUUAUUCCGCAAAGCUCGUUGAUCUGCCGUGUAUUACAGAGUCGCAGAAGACACUGGACAACAAGCAGAUGUUCAAGGUCGCAGAUAUUUGCCAGAUGCUCGUUGUGCAGAAUCGACUCGACCAAGAUGAGGCUGCUGCCCCGCAAAGGAACUUCAACAUCGAGGAGUUCAUAUGGCCCCAUGGACUGACCCCACCCUUGCAUCACGUUCGAAAGCGUCGGUUUCGCAAGAGGGUCAACAAGAGGACAAUCGAAAGCGUAGAACAAGCGGUGGAACGCCUACUAGACGAAGAUUCAUUGGCCACCGAAGUCAAAUAUGAUGUACUAGAAAAUGUAAACCCCGACCUAUCUGACUCGGAAUUCAUUGAAAGAGAGGAUCCUAUUGAUGCGCCGACUCCAGCGAUAUCUGACUCUGGUGGAAUGGGUGAGGCGGCGGAAGACGACUCAAGUGGGAGUGAGCAAGAAGGGGACAUUGACGAAGAACUCGCUGCAGAACUUGACCUCGCAUUGGGCGAUGAGGAAGGUGAUGGCGAUGAUGAGGAGGACGAUGACAGCGACAGCGACGAGGAGGACGAUGAUGAUGAUGAAGCUGUUCAAUCUAUAAGGCUGCUUAACGAGGAGAUACGUGAUCUCGAGGCUGCCAUUACGAAGAAAGGGAGCGAAAUCGCCAGCUCAGCUAACCCACUGAUCAAGAAACGAUUCGAAGACGCAUUGAAGAAGCUGAACGCAGAUUUGGCAAUGAAGCAGGCCCAACGAGAGGAAAUACGUGAACAACAGCGAAUGGAGCAAGAGGGGGUGCUUGACACGGAGAACGAAGACAACAUGGAUAUGCAGAUGCAGAUGGAAAUGGAAAUGGGCAUGGCCAAUGUCGAUCCACAAGUAAAGGACGACGAUGAUGACCAGCCUGAAGGGGACGGAGACUUGUUUGGCUCAGACACUGAGAUGCCCAUGGCUUAG